AUGGUAUUGUUCCCAGCACCAUACAUAUUUAAUGGUGGGAUACUAAAAAUCGUCCGAAUAAAAGCGGGCAGCACAGCCAAAGAUCGUCAUAUUGUCAUGAAAUCAUCGAUUCUCCUUCUUCUCAUCGGAUUUAUUCUCGUCAGAGAAAAUUUUCUCCCGAAUGUGACUAACGACGAACUUCUGGUCAUCGGAACCAAGAUGUCGCCAUCGGCAAGAUUUGGGUGGGGGCCACCGAAUACACCCACUGGAAAAGGAUCGUUCGUCCAGCCACUGCCGAACGACGGGUCCCCACCCAGUCCCGUGACUCCGCCGAAGAAAUGAGUUCUAAUUUUUAUGCCUUUCACUCUCUUGUGGCUUUUUGAAAGGAAAUAAAUGCAUUUAUUUAUUA